AUGGCCUUUCAGCAACCGACUCGCCAACCUGUGCAGCGGGCAGCUCGCCCGGCAGCUGUCCAAGACCAGAGUCCUGCCGUUGUACCGUCGACAUCUGAACAAGGACUAGAUGAGUCACAGGCAUGGGUGCUGUUCUCACCCCCUACUGAAGUCACAACUUCAUCAUAUCUCACAGAGUCAGAACACUCUGUAGAGACGCCUGGACGAUCACGGCUGAGUGAUGUUGGAAGCUUGCAUACCGUGGCGAGAUCUGAAGGUCCAUCUCACGCUAGACAAUCGACUUCCGUUUUGUCAGCUGUUGAUGACGACGACGACGCUGAGCUCGAUAGCCUAGACAGUCACCUCCCCGAAUUUCGCUCCGUACCUGGUCUGAAUACUCUGUCACCACGAGGUAGCCACAAUGCUACUCCAGUCUUUCCCUCUCAUGAUGGUCUAGGCUCGUUCCGCUUUGAUCGGCCUGUCCUGGGUGCUGAUGCACAGGACCAGAUAUAUCAGUUCGAGAGGUUCAAUCCUCGCAAGUUUCGCCGGAGACUGGACAGCUUUGACAAUACCCAUAUUGAUCUGGACGAGGUUCAGACCCAAGAAGAGGAUAAAAGACAGCGAAUCGAGGCAUGGCGCCUGGAGCAUAGCCGGGUCUUACUUAACGAAGUUCAACGAGAAACGAGACGACAACGCAAGUCAUUGGCAUCUAUGCACCGUUCACGGCGCAAUACGGAUGCUGAAACAGAUAAUCUAACAUGGCAUGAUGAAGAGGCAUUCCAGCCCCACACGGAGCAAGAGGGCUUUUUAGCGCGCAUAACACGUACGGUAGUCAAAGAUAUCCUAGGCAUCGACGACACUAUGCUGUCGAUUCUCUUAGGUGAGGAACUGCCUGACGAGGAGGCACUUUCAUCUACUCCGCGAGCCUCCCAACCGAGUAAUCGUCCAAUUUUGACUACCUCGGACGAGCCCUCAUGGCAAAUCCGAAUUCUGGAAAGGCUAUCUAGGGAGCUUGGUCUGCUUGUUAACCAACUAUCACCACAUCCUGGCGCAUUUUCUACCUAUUCUAGGAUGCAGCACUUACCUCUUCCGUAUGCUGGUCUCCCAGUCAUUCCAGAAUCUAGCGAUGUUGGCAUCACUGGUCCAGUAACAGAACUCGAGAGACGCAGCCAGCCAUCUGUUCCAGAAUUCCAGCCUACUAUGCACCAACAUUCGCAACCAAUUGGAAUCCCAGGUCGGAGGCAGAAGAGUGAUGGCUCUGGAAAUGAUAUUGACAUGACUGACACCGAUUUUACCAAAGAGGAGUGGGAGAAGAGUCUGGAUAUCAAGCUGGUAUUCCGCUACCUUGUUUCACGUUUUGCGUCUCGCUCUGGCAACUCCCCUACUGUUGGCACGUCACAUCACGGUACACCGACUCAACAGGACACCGCAGCCAAGGUGGCCCGCGUUCGUCAACACCAUCCUCUCAUCGCUCGAACGCGGCAGGUAGAGCGUCGGUCGUUCAAGGCCGUAGCACCCAACAGCCCAGUGGUCUUGCGCCACCACAGCAGCUGCGCCAGCCAAAGUACUAGGCGGUCGGCUCGGAGAAGUAGCUGUUCAUCAAGGCACUAUUGGGAUAUCGGUGGCUCUCUCGGCACUGGGUCGGUCAUUGCCUCCAACGGCCCAAUGGGAAGCUGGGGUGAAGUGUAG